AUGGACGCGAUGUUGCUGGAUCACUUCCCCGGGGGCCUGGACGCCUUCCCUUCGGCUUACUUCGACGAGGAGGACUUCUUCACCGAUCAGUCCUCCCGGGACCCGCUGGAGGACGCGGAUGAGCUGCUGGCGGAUGAGCAAGCCGAGGUGGAGUUCCUCAACCACCAUCUGCACGAGUACUGCUACCGCGACGGGGCGUGCCUGCUGCUGCAGCCCGCGCCCUCGACCGCCCCGCAUGCACUGGCCCCGCCGCCUUUGGGGGUCCCCGGCGAGCCUGAGGACAGUGGGGGCUACUGCUGCGAGGCAGGGGCGCCCCGCGGCGGGUUCCCCUACUCUCCCGGAUCGCCGCCCCAAUGCCUGGCCUACCCCUGCGCCGUGCUGUCCCCUGGGGCGCGGCUGCGGGGUCUGAGCGGCGCCGCGGCGCGGCGGCGGAGGCGGGUGCGCUCCGAGGCGGAGCUGCAGCAGCUGCGACAGGCCGCCAAUGUGCGUGAGCGGCGUCGCAUGCAGUCCAUCAACGAUGCCUUCGAGGGGCUACGUUCACACAUCCCCACGCUGCCCUACGAGAAGCGCCUCUCCAAGGUGGACACGUUGCGCUUGGCCAUCGGCUACAUCAAUUUCCUCAGCGAACUGGUGCAGGCCGACCUGCCACUUCGAGGCGGCGGCGCAGGGGGCUGCGGUGGCCCUAGUGGCGGUGGGCGCCUGGGCGGGGACAGUCCUGGUAGCCAGGCCCAGAAGGUCAUCAUCUGCCACCGGGGCACCCGUUCCCCCUCCCCAAAUGAUCCGGAUUACGGCCUCCCUCCUCUUGCAGGGCACUCGCUCUCCUGGACUGAUGAAAAACAACUCAAAGAACAAAAUAUUAUUCGGACAGCUAAAGUGUGGACCCCAGAGGACCCCAGAAAACUCAACAGCAAAUCCUUCAGCAACAUAGAGAACGAACCUCCCUUUGAGUUUGUGUCAUAA